AUGGGCGAACUUGACGAGCUCUUCAGUCGCCUUAAGAAUCAGUCUGCUGAGCGCAUGUCGAACUCCGGACAGUCGACGGCAUGGCCCAACCCUUCGACACAUCCACAUCAAGCACCAUCGGUGUCAUCACCAGUCUUCUCGCCACCUUCACACACACCAAACCCGGUUCACUCGUCCAGGAUCAUCAGUCCUGUGAACCCCUCCACUGCCAUGGGCACUCCAGCACCAUCAGACCAGAACAAGACCAACAACCUGCUGAACUUGCUCCGAUCCAGCAGUCACGCGGGGCAGUCUACCAGCUCGGCCGGUCCAAUGGCUAACCUCCAGAAUGUUGGUCGGACGCCGAGCAGCUCGGCAGAGCAGUUCAGCGGACAUGGUCGUGACGGCUCGCACUCUCAGCCACAGUUCGCACAAGAUCUGAUGGCAUCGCUACAGCAGAAUAAGCCAUCGAGCAACAUGGCUGCUUCUCGCACGACCACAGCAGGCGCUGAGAAGUCCGACGCCUUCGCCAACCCAUCUCACGAUUCCAAGCAAUUCCUCCUGAACUUGCUCAAGAAGCCUAGCGCGUCCGCAACUCCCACCCCAGCAGCCGAGAGCACGAAGCCUACCGAGCCUUCUACUAGCACGGCAUCUGUCGACAAGCUUGCUGAAGGCUUUGCCAACACCUUCAUCAACCCUGCUGAGGCCCGCGCAUCACGCGAGAGCACGCCUGCCCGUACGUUUGGUAGCCCGGUUGCGAAAGAGGCGCCGUUUGAGGCUCCUCAGCCAACCAGGCCAACAGCGUUCAACUACGUCAACCCGUUCGAGCAACUGCACUCAUCUUCGCCACUCAAUCGCACUCCACAGCCCGAAGCGCAGGGUAACGCGAAGAAGGUUGAGAUCCUCAAGCACGACCGUGAAGUCUCCUCGAACCUCAACGGCGAGUCAACCGCACCGGUAGCGAAGAGCCGGAAGAUUGAAGGAGGUCCUGGCUCACCCUCACCGGUGAAGGCUGAGGUCGGGAAGGGCCAGACUGUUUCAGAGGCUCUUGAAGACGUCGGGGAGACUGUCGAUAAGCAGGUCGAGCAAGCCUUGAACGAGGCCGAUGCACAGGACAAGGGUCAAGCUGGAAAGAAUACUUCGACUGCUGAGGAUGCUACCGUUAUCAAGAAAGAGCCGGGGACAGAAGAUGCCGUCGACUCAAGCUGGGAGAGCGCAGAGGACGAGGAGGCCGAGAAGGCUGGCGCGUUCGAAGUGAAGGUUUAUAACUUCCCCAUGAAGGCUUUCGUGUCCAUCCAGGUGAAGAGCAUGCCAUCUGCUCUUCCGGUUCGCCAGGACAGCCUCACGUUCAUCGCGCGUAUGAAGAAGGACUUCGACCAGAUCGAUCGCAACUUGGUGACGGCUAGCCAGUUCCACAUCGUUUACGCACCAACCUCCACGAAGAAGGCGCCCCAUCCAGGCCUGCGCAUCAUCCAGCAGGAGUUCGGGCAGCACAAGCACAUCUUCACUUCGACCAACGAACGUCUUUUCAACGUUCAAGUAUGCUCGUCCCCUCCUGGAAACGACAUCGAGACCGUCUUGGGCACUGGCGUCAACGGCACGAUCUUCUGGACUUCGCUCUCCAAGUCGCGCGGUGAGCUGUUCAAUGACGACGACGUGGAGGCGCAAGGCUUCAUUAUGCCGCCGGUUGCGACGCAAGAAGAGCAGACCUCGGGCUCCCCUGUUAAGACCAGGGCGAAGCUUAGCACUCGGCAUCCCGAGUUCUUCGCUGUGGCACGGGGGAAGCAGAUUCACAUCAUCGCACCCGAUACCCUCAAGAAUGCUGAGUACCUGAAUUCGAAGACCAAGAUGGUCAAGUCCGAGAAGUAUCUGGCUGAGCAUGGCUUGAAGAUUGCGACUGGCAAAGCUGGUAAAGACUUUUGCUUUUCGGAAGAUGACACAGUCAUUGUGAGCCUCGAUAAGAGCGGGCGCUGCAAAUUCUGGGACGUCCGAGAGCUCACCAGUCGUGUCAAUGACAUCUCGGACACGAAGCACGCGCCAAUCGAGUUGACCGAGCCCAUAUGGAGCAUGGCCGCGGCCGCAUCUGGAAGCAAGGCCGAUGAGAAGCCUUCGGUGUCUUCGAUCAUGUUCCUUGACAAGGAGAAGCCAAUGAUCAAGGGCAAUGCGUCUCGAUACCUUCUCAUUGGGUUCAAGCAGAACCACAUCCUCCAGCUAUGGGAUCUGGGCCUGAGCAAAGCGGUUCAAGAAGUUCGGCUCCCUCACGAGAAAGACAGCGACGGCAUCUGCAGUAUCACGUAUCACCCGAAGACUGGAGUCAUUGCAGUCGGUCACCCAACACGCAACAGCAUCUUCUUCGUGCACCUCAGUGCGCCAAUGUACAAGCUCCCUAACAUGAAGCAAGCGGAAUACAUGGGCAUACUCGCACGCAACGAUCCGAACUUCCCGCAACCAUCGAGCACUGCCAUUAUGAGUGGCUUGCGAGAGCUGUCGUUCGCGAAGGUUGGAGAGUUGAGGUCGGUCGACAUGCUACGGACACCACCACCCCACGCUGCGGACAUGGACAGUGUUGAUGCGCCGCUGUUCGAGCUCUACGCCAUGCACUCUAAGGGCGUUGUCGGCAUCAGCAUGAAGAAGGGAGAUCUUGGUUGGGACAUAGACAACAAGGUUAUCUGCGCUGUCGAUGCUCUCGAGGCUGGUGUCAUUGAGAUUAACUCCCUCAUACCCACGCCCGAGAAGUCAGCGCCGAGCGAGCAAUCAUCGGCCACUGAGAUCCCCAGCAAGAACUCGAAAGCCGCCAACAAGAAGCAAGAUGUGGCUAAAGGCUCACCGGCGCCUUCUAUCAAGAGCGAGACAUCAAAGAGAGCGCCACCUGCGAAGGAGGUGCUGAAGCCACCGCCACGCUCAACAACACCUGAUCGCGCAUCGAAGCAGGUGCCAGAAGCGCCGUUGCCAUCGCAGCCGCAAUCAACCAACCCGCCGUUGAUGACCGCAGAAUCUUACGCAAUGGCUGCUCACGGUGCCAAGUCCCCCAAUCGCGGUCGUUCGCCGGCUGGCGACCGGACCGCUUCUACUGCGACGUCGAAGACCGUCACUCCCGCCGCGCCGUCCGAGGACAGUGUGUCUGCGCCGCGCGUCUCAAGCGAUGGCGACCUCCAGGCCAUGAUCAAGAAGCAGUUCGAUGCCCUCUACCAGCGUAUCGACAACGACAAGCGUGUGGUAGACGCUGCUGGCUCGACCAAGCAGGAGGCUGUUCUACGCCUGGUGUCCAGCACGUUGACCGAGAACGUUGAGCAGAGCCUGCAUCGUAUUGUUAGCGGCAGUAUUGAUAAGGAUGUUCUGCCAGCGAUUACGAACGUCACGUCGAAGUCAGUUGAGAAGAAGCUUGGUGAGGCGCUGCCACAGCAGCUCAGCACGCACGUCACUCGCGAAGUCAAGGCGGCGGUGCCCCAUGCUGUGCAGGCUGCGCUCAAGGACCCGAACGUGCAGCGUAGUAUCUCGGACCAGGUCGCCACAAAGGUGCAGCAGCAGGUCUCACAGAUGCUGCAGCAACACAUGCCGAACAUGGCCAAGGAGGCGACGCAGAAGAUGGUCACCGACCUCGAUACCCGCACGAAACAGCAGAUCCGCGAGCUCGAGAACCGUCGCGUGAACGAUGUGGGCAAGAUCCACGAGCUUUCCGAGAUGGUUCGUGGCUUGACGGAGACCAUCCGUACCAUGUCCGAGCAGCAGACAGCUUUCCAAGAGCAGAUGUUGAAGCUACAGCAAGAGCAGUCGUCGGCGAGCAAAGCGAUAGAAGGUCGCAAUGAUGGAGCUUCCAGUCCUGCGGCUAAGGGCGAGGAUCCAGACGUCAAGAGGAUUUCUGAUCUACUCAGCAAUGGCCAGUACGAUGCUGCUACGCUUGAGUGGCUCCAAUCCUCCCGCCAAGGCGAGCUCUUCGACCUCAUCUUCGUCCGCGUCAACCCCCUCUACCUUGAGAAAGUCACCCCGCUCGUCGCCCUUUCGGUCUCCGCCGCCAUCACCGCCUCCUUCGGCUCGUACGUCGACCAGCGCCUCGAAUGGCUGCAGACGGUGCUCAACAACAUCGACAUGAACGACGAGGAGAUUCGCGAUGUCGCGGGCAGGAUCAUGGACGUGUUGAGUCAGCGGUUGCAGGGGGCGUAUAUGCAGGUUAGUGAGGAGUCGCCGAAUGAGGGUGACAGGUUGAGGAGGAUUAGUGCGCUGUUCAGGCAGGUGGCGGAGGUGAGGAAGUUGGCUGGUUGA